ACCGCGUUGGACUCUGACGUGGAGAGAAUCACAGUCGCGAUCAAACUGCUGCUCAAAACACACUUUCACCCGGACAGAGAGAAUCACGAAGGAAAGAGAUCAGAGGAAAGAAAGAGUGAUUGUAGUCUGGCGCAAACUCCUCCAAUUAGUUGGACUUUUACUCUGUUUCUGGGCAGUUUUUAACAUGGGUUUGACCAUUUCAAGCGUCUUCUCUCGCUUGUUUGGGAAAAAACAGAUGAGAAUUCUCAUGGUUGGUCUGGAUGCUGCAGGGAAAACCACAAUCCUCUACAAACUCAAACUGGGAGAAAUAGUCACAACUAUUCCAACGAUAGGUUUUAACGUCGAGACGGUGGAAUACAAGAACAUUUGCUUCACCGUGUGGGAUGUGGGUGGUCAGGAUAAGAUCAGGCCUCUUUGGAGACACUACUUCCAGAAUACCCAGGGUCUGAUCUUCGUGGUGGACAGUAACGAUCGAGAGCGAGCACAGGAAGCAGCAGAAGAGCUUCAGAAGAUGCUUCAGGAGGAUGAGCUGAGAGAUGCCGUUCUGCUGGUUUUUGCAAAUAAACAAGAUUUACCAAACGCAAUGGCCAUCAGCGAGAUGACGGACAAACUGGGCCUGCAAGCACUCAGGAGCAGAACCUGGUAUGUCCAGGCGACCUGUGCGACUCAAGGGACGGGUUUAUACGAGGGAUUAGACUGGCUUUCCGAGCAGCUCUCCAAACAGUAAACAGCACUUCCUGUUCAAGCAGGAUGUGUGCUUUUCUAAAGGACACGAUCAGUGGAGUUGAUGUGGCACAGAAGCUGUUCAUGGAUCAUUUUCAGUUGAUUGCUACCAAAAGACGGCAGUGCAUUUGAACACUUUGUUCCUUUUUUAAUUCGCUUCACCUUUGACCCUGACUGACAUUUCUCCCAGAAUCAUUCCACUUGAUGUUUGUGGCCAUUAAAAAUACUAGAUUUGUUAAGAAGCUCUUGCUGUACUUUUGAGCUCUUGUUACAGUAAACAUAAACAUCAAGCAUUGUCUGUAUGUAUUUAUAAAAAUGCUCUAUUUUUGCUCCCUCAACUUGAUUUAUUCCAUUAUUUUCAUUCCAGACAUUUUCAUUACCAGGCGUUUGCAUGCCAUACAUGCAGGGAACUAUUCUCAGAGAAGCAUGCAUUUAAUAAAUAAAAGAUUAUUCUAAUAGUAGCACAUUUAGAAACUGUCAAUGCAUUGACGUUAGCAAUAGUUUUAGUGCUUUAUAAAAUGCAAAGUUUUUAUUGGGAAUAGUCUGAUGUCUGUGUUGUAAAUAAGCAGCCUUUUUAUAUACGUAAUCACAAUUGCCUUAAGCAUGCUGUGAUUUACUAUGUGAAUGAACACUUUUUAUUUAGCAUUUCAAUUGAGAACAAACCAGUGCAAAUGCUUUAGACAACCAACUAUUUUUAUUCCCAGCUUAGAAAAUAUUCAAAUGGAUCCGUGCUAGGAAUCGUCUAGCUGUUACCCCUUUUUAAAAAUGUAUUAAAACAUCAUUAAUAAAGUAUAUGAUGCAAAUAAAAGUCUGAUAUGCGUCA